AUGACUGAGCAACAUCAGUCGUCACGUCUCGUGAGAAACGGCGAAACGUGUUCCCAUUACCAAGCCCAGCCUCGAUCCAGUCUCAGCCAUGAAUCACAUCGGAAAACGGAUACGAAAGGCCUGCGAAUGUUGCCGCGCACGGAAGGUGAGUUGAGCACCGGUCUCGCAUUGAUGCCCCUUCGCGAAGAGAAAUUGCGGUGCAAGAAGAGACUAUUGCUGAAGCCUGAUCAGAUCAAGUGUGAUGGCUCUCGGCCCCAUUGUAUGCAGUGUCGAGAGUCAGGUCGGCAUUGCGUCUUCGGCGAGGACGGCAGGCCAAAUGCCCGGGUCUCGAAGGAGGCGAUCCAAGCCAUCAAUAACAAAAUGGCGGAUCUGGAGUAUGCCCUUCUCCAGGGUGGGUUGGCAGGAAAUCACCAAGCGCUCGACGAGUCUUCCUCUUCUCAAUAUGCCGCCUUCGAUGUCCGACGCUCUCUGGCUCCGGAUUGUGCGGUGUCAGCAGACCGAAUAACCCCAGAUGUCACCAUGCAGAAUGACCACCAUAUAUUGUCAGACACCGCGUCAGCUUCUCGGCAUCAAGAACACUAUUCCGUAGACUGUCCGAGCAAGGGAUCUACAGUGAACGCAUCAAGCCUCGAGAUUAAUGCACUUGUCCACAGCGAGAGCGGCUUAUCCCUCCACGGGCCAACGUCAUCCCUACGUCCCCCACUGUCUCUCCUCUCCUCGCGUUCUUCACCGAAUCGAGUGAAGAGCGUAUCACCGAGUGCGUUAGAAAAGGAAAGGAACCUCAAAGACUGGAAGCUCCAGUUGUUCGCGCAAACAUCCCUAGAAAGACAGAAAGAAUACUAUCACAUCAUUCAUGGCAAUACCGACCUGGAUGGCGUGGAUCCAACCCUGGCGUUCAACCUGUUGGGCUUUUAUUGGAACCACCAACAUAACACAUAUCUCGUCACAUAUCGUCCGGCCAUUAUGCACAGUCUUGCCACUGGAGGACCUUACUGCAAUAAGCUCUUGUUGAACUCUUUGUUCUACACCGGGGCUCUACAAAGUGGCCAUGAGAGCCUGAUGAAUGAGGAAAAGGAUCCAGCAACCUUGGGAAGCCGAUUUUUUGAACGGUUCCAGCAGCUGGUAUCGUCACAGGUGGAAAUAUCAUCUAUUCCGACGAUUGCUGCUUUGAUUGUGAUGGGUUCAGCAGUCCUUACAAGAGGAAAACAGACCCUGGGAUGGAUGUACUCAGGCAUGGCCUUUCGGAUGAUCGCCGACUUGGGAUUGCACCUGGAUCCGGACAAGGUGAACCAUUCUCAGUUUAUCUCCAAGGAGACAACCUAUAACCUGACGGCGACAGAUAUUGAGCAGCAACGCCGUGUGUUCUGGGGCGCAUUCAUGCAGGAUAGGUUUCAAUCUCUCUUCUACGGUAGGCGGCCCGAGAUAUCUUUGUUCCACGGGUUUGAGCCCCCGACGGAGUUGCUAGACACUUUUGACGAACUAGAGACCUGGAGCCCUCAUCGAGAUACUAGCGCCUCCAACGAGUAUAACCCGACACCGACUUACGUACCACAGCAGAAGCACAAUAUCAGCAACAGAGAUAGUCUACUCAAGCUGGCACACCUCACGUCGGAAAUCAUUGAGUUGUUUUACAUCCCAAGCACGACCAAGCUCGCCUUUGAUCAGGCUCUACACGCCAUCGACUCUAUCCAAACCAAGUUGGAUUUGUGGUUCCAACAACUUCCAACGCAUUUACAAUAUGAACCCGGCAAGGAUCCUGCCCCCCCACCACACAGAUUCUACCCACACUCGACCUAUCACACGCUGCACAUUCUUCUAUACCGACCAUUUAUAUCAGGCGGGCAUCUUGCAAGUAUUGGCAUCGACGAGCGAUUGGCCAAACGACGCUGUAUCUCAGCGGCCAUGUACAUUUACAGGCUUGCUCAAGCAUAUCGGGAAUCUUUCACUCUACGCAAAGCACCAUACCUGUUCUGCUAUGCCUUGUUCUCUGCCGCCACAGUAAUCCCGGUUGACCUGGAGACAAACCCCUCACAUCUGAGCGUCGUCAAUUUCUUCUGGGAGGCCCUGAAAGAAGUGCAGCGUGGCACUAAUUUUGGGCUCAAAAAACCGAUCAUAAUCAUUCGAAACCUCUUCAGUCGUGCGGGAAUUGACUUGGACAAUCCACGUCCGGUGCAGGAUAGAGCUGUCCGAGGGCAAAUCAGUUCUACUGGACAGACAGGAAGUCAUUGCCGCACGCCGGAUGCGAUCGGUCCUAAUAUCUUCGAUGAGUCGAGUCUAAACUUCCUCGAAAAUGAUGACUUUUGGCAGUCCAACGAGGACUUUCUACUAGAAAACGAUAAUCCAAUUGACUAUGAGGCCGACGUGCUGUUUGGUCUCUUUUGCUCUUCCACAGACGCAGGAUUAGCUUUCUGA